AAAUAUAUGUUGAUGAUAUAGUGUUUGGUGCUUCAUGUAAAGACUUGUGCUCUGAAUUCUGUGAUGCCAUGAAAAAGGAUUUUGAAAUGAGUAUGAUGGGGGAAUUACAAAAUUUCCUCGGACUCCAAAUCAAACAACUUAGUUCUGGUACUUUUAUAAGUCAAUCAAAGUAUGUUUUAUCUAUGUUAACCAAGUUUGGAUUGACUGGUCUUAACUCAAGUCCUACUCCUAUGGCAGUCAAUCUCAAGCUAAGUAAAGAUGAGACUGGUAACUCGGUUGAUGAAUCUCAAUAUCGAAAAAUGAUUGGCUCUCUGUUAUAUCUAACUGUCAGUCGACCUGACAUACAACAUAGUGUAUGUUUAUGUGCUCGUUUUCAGUCAAACCCAAAAGAGAGUCACUUGUCUGCUGUUAAACGAAUUUUUCGUUACCUCAAGGGUACAAUGGAUGUAGGCAUAUGGUAUUCCAAACAUGAUCAGUUUGAUCUUAUUGGAUACAGUGACUCAGACUUUGCAGGAAGUCUGACUGAUCGGAGAAGCACUUCUGGUAGUUGUCGGUUUGUGGGAACGUCUUUAGUGUCUUGGUCGUGUAAAAAUCAAGGAGCUGUGGCUGUAUCUACAGCCGAAGCUGAGUACAUUGCUGCUGGCAGCACAUGUGCUCAACUCUUGUGGCUAAAAAGUCAACUCCAAAACUAUGGGGUCAUUCAGUCAGCAAUUCCCUUGUUAUGUGAUAAUACUAGUGCUAUUUGUAUGUCUAAGAAUCCUGUGCAACACUCUCGCACCAAACAUAUUGACAUCAAAUAUCACUUUAUUCGGGAUUUAGUAAACCUUGGUACUAUAAACUUGCAAUAUAUAAGCUCGGAAUAUCAGCAUGCGGAUAUUUUUACUAAACCUUUGUUGACUGAACGAUUCACCUUCUUCUGUUAUGAGAUCGGUCUGCGAUCUCUUACCUCCAUCACUCCUGACUUAGGAGCUUAGUAUCUGUGUGAUCUUAUUUUCUUUGCCUUUUUUUUUGUUUUUCUAUUCUUGGUUCUGUGUGUCUUUCCUUUUCUUUUAAUCGUCUUUAUUAUUGAUUGUUGAUUUUCCUUUUCUGUCUUGCUUGUCUUGUCUAUUUAGUUUCCGAGAGAGCUUGUUUUCUUUUAGUGUCUGUCUGUGUUCCUCUUUUCAUCUAGGUCUAUGUUCGUAUCUUCCCUUAAGUCAGCCAUGGUUUAUGCCUUUGCCCUAACCUACUCUGGAACUAUGUUCCAUGAGCCUGCCCUUGCGAACUAUCACCGUCAUGUUCAGUCCUUUGCCAACCGCCUCAUCAAUCCCUCCACUCUUGUUCAUAUCCCUGCCUUCGUACCUCUAGGAUUAGAUGUUAUGCCUCUCAUUCAGAACCUGGGUUGGGAGUUUCUGCUGACUCCUGUUGCCACAUCCACUCUCAUCUGUCCUGAAGCAGUAAGAACCUUCUUUUCCAACCUUCGUUACUUUGUCCUCCAAUCUCGUACUCUGUCUACUCUUGUUCAUGGUCAUUUGAUUACUCUUCCUCUUCAUGACAUUAGUCGUCUACUGCGUAUUCCUGCCUUUGGGGAAGCACUUGCUCAUCCUGUUGAACUCUCCCUGUUCAAUUUCGACGUGGUCUCUGAAGCAGUUCAUCUCACUGGUCAUGAACCUGAUCAUGACCUUACCUUUUCUUCGGGUCUCCUGAUGCCUUCCCUGCAAACCUUUCACUAUCUCCUCACCAGAGUGUUCUUACCUCGCACCGUUUUCCUUGAUCGAGUCAUUCCUCUAGAUCUAUGGAUCAUGUCUCAUGUUGUAGCUGAUGUUCCGUUAGACUUCUCCCAUCUAUUGUUUGGGGCUCUUCUUCCCUUUAUCGAUCAUAAUUUUCAUGCUCCUUUAUCCUUCGGAGCAAUGAUCACCCGUCUUCUGCUAGCAUUACCUUUGAACCUGUCAGCCUAUCGUACUGAGACGCCCACUCUUUGGCUUACUGCGGCUGAUGUGCUUGAAGAGAUCGGGAUUGCGAUUGAGGGGGAGGAUGAUCCCUAUGAUCCUUUUGCGCACUAGAUCAUCAGCGAUUCUGAUAGGGCAAAAGCGUAUAUGCCAAUUUCCUAUCUCGUAGUAAACCGGAAAGUCCGGGUAUCGUCUCUCAGGGACCGGUACAAUCUUUUAAUUUAUCAAUUCUAUGGAGCAAACUAUAAGUGAAAAUGGUAUGAGUGAUGAAACUACUAGCUAAUAAUUAAACAAAACAAGCAAAUUAAAGUUGUCGGGAGAAAAUCAAUGGGAGAAAGCUCUGGGAGAAACACCGGGACUCGCUACCUAUCAUAUCCAAAUUAAUUCACAUAUUCCAAUCAAUUUAAUCCAUACCUCUACAGCCAGGAUAUCACGAAUGUGCUAGCUAUCCCUGUCGGGAAUUACUAUGUACUAAAUAAUCAAUUCAAAUCCUACUGUCGUAGCUCAAUGAAUUAACUAUAUAGUCUGAAGAUCGAUAUCCUAUUUAAGACCGCAUAACACCUUAUUUAAUCCACUGUCGCUUCGAUAAGUUACUAUGUCACAUGAAAUAGGUUCAGCUAUUAGGGUUUCACUGUCGCUAAUAACCUAAUUAACUACAAAUUGUUGUAUUGGUGGCCAGUCAACACAAAGCAUUAAGCAAUUUCAUGCAAUAGAAUCGAAGAAAAGAAUCAUAAAUCAAUCCAUCAAAUCAAGAAAUAGCUACAUCCUAUGGUGUUUCCCCCAGAAAUUGGGAUUUAGUUCAUGAUGAAAUUGAGAUAAAUCGAUAGAGUUUUGUUCAUCAUAUUCUAAAUCAAUAAUACACAACUAGUUCGGUUUAGAAACUCCAACCAAAUAAUCGCUCUCAUUGAACUCAGCUCAGGUAGCCUUGGAAAUCUCAAUCGCCGAUUGAGAAUCGCCUGGUCGCGUUUGCUGUCCUGCGCCGCUCCCUUCCAAAGAAUUUCGCUAUGCGCUCAAAAAAUAGUUCCCCUGGCCAAUAAUUCCUUUGUUCCCCAGCCGCUUAAAAACCCCCCAGCUUCCUCUCGUAAUUGCCUUCACCUUUCUUUCUUUUUCCCUCGAAGAAUUUUCGCGUCCAAAAUAAUUCCUGUCCUGGCCGCUUCCUCUGCUUUCAUUGCUUCCAAAGAAUUCUGCCCCCACUAAUUAAUUCCGCCAAAAACCACCCAAAAGCCACCUCCUGCUUAUUUCCGGCCCAAAUUAAUUGCCCCAAAAGAGAAUCCCUCUUCCAAUUUUUUUUCCGUCCCAAAGAAUGAGCCACCCAUCAAUUGGGCUUUGGCCCAAUUACUUGUUGUGGAAGAAACAUGGAUCCAAUUCCUCCCGCCAUCUCCUGCUUCGGAAGUUCCAGUGCUGCCAUUUCAUCUAUCUUUUCACCUAACACACACACCAAAACUCCAACACAAAAUGGUACUGGCUUUUCAACCAUUACGGAUUAAUUCUCCCUAAAAUAUCACCAAUCGGCUUAAACAUACCAUGAGAUAGUCACAUAAAGUCCAAGAAUCCGAUAUAUUAAAGCCGAAUAUCAGAUUCCGAGGAAGAACCUGAAGCAGAGGAAGCACCUGAAGAUGUAGCUGACCCUGAGGGAGAACCUGGCGAUAAAGCUCCUCUCGCUCUCGCACCUUUUGCUGCUGCUCUUCGAGAUCUUUAUGGCUUAGACUCUGAUGUUGAGUUUUAAAGUUUUUUUUAUCUGAGUGAGCGUGAGGUGUCUCUUUGAAUUGUACUGGUUCUUUCCGGGAUGGUGGAUGGUAUGGUUUGAUAAUUUUUGUUAAUUUGCGUGUCCCAAUAGCUCAGGUGGAGCUAAGGACUGUUUUUUUUUUGUUCUUCUGUGUAUGAUUGUGUUGCGUGUCUGAGAUUGGGUGUUCUUUACCUGCUGCUUGAUCCUGUGUGGGAAGACUGGUUUUGUUUACAGGUAAGGAGCAAUCUGCAAUCUCGGACUUAGGGGGAAAUUGUUGGAAGAGCAAGUCAGAGGAUUGACUGAUUGCUCAAAUCUCGGCCAGCCUCAAAAGGAAACUGUACCUUUGGAAAUCCGAGUUUCCUGUUUCAUUCUAACGGCUAUUUCUUGCAGGCUAUUUAUAUGCUCCUAAUGCAGAGGAUUCAAAUACUUUUGUGAGAGCUAUUGUGGUAAAGGGCAUAGCACAGGGUUUACAAAAGGGAUUGACGAAAGGUUGAGGUAGAGGUUCAACCUUCGUCAAGGCUGAAACAGAUCGGAGAUUGAUCUGGGUUUAUUUUUGUGUUCUUGUUGCUUCUUCCUUUCUAGCUUUGUGUUUUCUGUUUGUUAAUUAAUCAUUAAUAAAAGGCCUCCCAGACCAUAUUCUGGGACGUGGAAGUAUACCAUUGCACUUGGGCGAACCACGUUAAAAUGGAGCGUGUUCUUUAGCUUUCUGCUCGUCUCUUUGGUUGCUGUCUGUCCUCUGUUUUCAGUACUCUGUUCUUCCUUCAUUGUUGAAUGAGAACCAGAGUUUUGGUACUGACCGUUACAGAAAUCAACAGACAGAGCAUUGGACUCGAAGCCCAUUCGCUUUUAUUCUGUUGCUUUCAGACUAUUCCUAUUAUUUCCUUCGCUGGGCCUGCUCAACUAUUCGACCCACUUUAUUAUUUCUGAUCAGAGAGUUUAAGCAAAGUCUCUCUCUCUUCCUCUCGAUCUCUCGACCUCUUCUGGUCUUCUCUGAUUCUCGCAUUUCACCUCAAACCCUAAUCCCCAAUCUGAUCUCCAACAUCUUUUCAUCAUGUGUAGGAGUAAAGUUGGAGUUUAAACACCCCACGUACGUACAUAUCAUGUGUGAUGUUACAAGUGUCACCUUUUUCUUCGAUAGCAUGAACGGAGAACUAGUGGCCUUUCGAUUUGAUUGCUUGCUUACCAAGGAUAUAUAUUUGCUUGCUUGCUAGCUGGUUAUCAGUCCAACCAUGUCGCCUUAACUAGCUAGUUUAUUUGCCAACAUCUUCCUUAAAUCUUGGCCCCUUGUAUCUCAACCCACUCUACUUUACAACAAAAAAUGGAAGCUUCAUGUCACGUUAAUCCCUUCCUCCGUGUGAUUUUUCAAAGAAACUAAUUCAUACGUCUGAUUUAAGUACGACUAAAUUCCAACCCACAUCAUCAAACACCACGUCAAUCGAUCGCUCAUUGUCCCUUGCUUGAUAGCUAAUUAAAGAGUUUGCACGAUAGUAACGUAGAUGGACGAAGUGACUGUUAUAUUGGUUAUUCUAGACCACGACAAACUUAAAGGUGAAUGUUUCAUGACAAUUUGUUUGCAACUCCAGACUUCAAUGACUGAUUAUGUAAUUGACCCCAAUCUUAAUGCAUAUCCAUAGGUGAGAUCCAAUGAAAGGUGAGACUUGUUAGUCAAACUAUGAUGGCCCCCACCCUCUAAUUGCAUGGUUUCAUGGACCAUAGCUUUCCCACAAUAUCACAGAGAAAGAUUAGUUAAUGUGUUUGUUUAGAUGGGGAAAGGUGCAUCUAACAUUCCAGAAAGGGUAAGAUUUGCCGUUUAGGGUUAAGUUUAUGAACCCUAGACAUCUAGUAGUUACCAGUAUGUACCCUUCACAUGGCCCAAAUACAAUACCCUCUUUUCUUUCUUCACCUUGGUGGCAGCAAUCCUUAUAGAAGAACUCUCCUUUCCCCCGAUGUCUUCUUUACGUAUUUAAUUUCUUCGCAUAUGAAUCUCGAGGAGACGAUCGAUCCACGACUUUCUUCCUUCCUUCCUUGUCUCUCACAAAUCAGCCUUUUAUUUUACGUAGUGGAAAAGCUAGCAUGGACUGGGGUUCUAUGCACGUAUAUGACGACUAGGGUGACGUUUUCUAGCUAGCUCUUUGGUUGCAAUGGGUGAUAGCUAUUUGUAAGGCUUUUUCUUGUUGUUGUUGAUAAAUGUGUUUGUUGUUGCUAGAAAUGGGCAUGAUGUUGGUGGAUGAUCACUAAGUAAGUGUACCACAACAGAUUGUCAAGAACCAGUUGAUCCCAAUAACUCGAACUGUUGGGAGAGGUUCAAUCGUGGAUCAUAUACCACAAUAUUACUAACACGCCCCCUCAAACGAAAGCCAACCCAUGGGCUUGAAGUUUGCACAUGCCCACCAUACCUUGUGCUUUAAUCAACUGUUAAUAUUGGGGGUCGUGGAGAUUCGAACACACGACCACUUGGUCAAGCCAGCUCUGAUACCAUGUCAAGAACCAGUUGAUCCCAAUAACUCGAGUUGUUGGGAGAAGUUCAAUCGUGGAUCAUAUACCACAAUACUAACUAGGGGUGGCUAUUUGGACCGGGACCGGAUUAAAAACCGGAAACCGGACCGUAUAACCCGGACCGAGACCGGAUAGUAAACAAUCCAAUCCAAUCUUUGGGCUUAGAUUUGAGGUAAAAAACCGGAUAAAGACCGGAUAAGAGAGCUCAACACCCAAAACUUAAUGGUAAUUUGCAUAAACGGUCACAAACCUUUGCACUUAGUACAAAACUUAACCAACUCCUCACCCUUUAAGGCCUUAGGCCACUCAAAUCCCACAAUCUCAAUGUAAAAUCAAGACCGAAUUGGGACCGGACCAGAUCAAAACCGGACCGGAUCAAGACCGGACUGUAUCCAAUCCAAUCUUUGGUCCUUAUAUUUUCAAAAAGACCGGACUGGACCGGAUCAAUUUGGACCAAUUUAACCGGACCGUAUUGCCACCCCUAAUACUAACACAGAUAGUUGCGAUUUGCGAAGUCCAAAUCAAAGUUUCUUCCUCAUCAAAACAUAAGUUUGAAUGAUCUCUCGUGGGUAUCUAGAGAACUUACAAUCUGAAUGUGCGAAUGAGAGAAAAAAAAAAUUAAAUAUGUUCGAAAAUGGAGUAACUUGAAAAUAGACUGUUACAUAAUACUGAUGAAUAUCUAACACAAUUGUUCAGCAGACUAUGUAUGAUAUCUAUGUAACACGAACAUUCUAGUCAUCUUGUGCAUACCAAGAUAGUCUAACUCUAAUCCGUAUUCAAAACUUAUUCUUUUGCCAUGGGAUUUUGAAUCUAUAAAGCUUGUGUCUAACUGAGGGUGGCCGAUCGAGUGAUACUCUAAAUUGAAUUGAAACUAUAGAACAUUAUGUAAUUCGAUUAAUAGGGUUUUAUUACUAACCUCAUUAACAAAUCAAAUUACAGCUCUAACUUCAUUAACCUACUCGGCAAUAAUGAUCUGGCGCACGGAUAUAUAUAUAUAUAAAUGCAUGCAUGGCCGAAACCAACCACUCAAAACAAGUUCAUGUGAACCGUACGUAAGGCGUUGCAUUGUUUCUCGGUAAUUAAGGAAAAUUAUUUAA